AUGGAGAAACUGAGAAAAAAAGAUGAUAUCGAACAGUCUGCUAAAAUCAUUCUGUCUUCAGCUAAUGGAGCCCCAGGAUUAACUAGAAACCGAUACCGGUCUGCCUAUGCAGAGGUUUUAGAUAAACUGAAACAGGAGUUUCUUGAAAGGUAUGAGAAAAAAUCGCUUUCAUCCGGCGACGGAUUGGACAAAUAUGUUCCUGUUAAGACAUUAGGAAAGGGUUCUUUUGGACAUGUGUUCCUUGUAAAAUAUAAAGAAGGUGACGUGGAGGCUUUCUAUGCCAUGAAGGUUUUGGAUAAAAGAAGAAUGAUGAAACUCGAACAGGUUGACCAUUCUCUAAAUGAAAAAAAGAUUUUGGAGUCAGUGCGAUUUCCUUUUAUUGUGUCCAUGAAACAGUGUUUUAAGGAUAACAGUUAUAUUUAUUUUAUCAUGCCAUUUAUUAAUGGUGGAGAGAUGUUUACUCAUUUAAGGAGAAUGAAGAGAUUUACAGAAGUUUUAGCAAAAUUUUAUGCAGCCCAAGUUGUAUUAUCAUUAGAGUUUCUCCAUUACUGCGACAUACUCUAUAGAGAUUUGAAACCUGAAAAUAUUUUGAUUGAUCAGAAGGGAUAUAUAAAAAUAGCCGAUCUAGGAUUUUGUAAGAUUGUAAAAGGACGUACAUGGACUUUAUGCGGCACCCCAGACUACAUUGCUCCAGAGAUAAUCCUGAGUAAAGGUUAUGGCAAGGCUAUCGAUUGGUGGUCUUUUGGUGUGCUGAUUUUUGAGAUGAAUGCUGGAUACCCCCCAUUUAUUGCUCGAGAUCCGAUAAGGGUAUAUGAAAAGAUAGUAUCCUGCCAGUAUAAAUGUCCUGGAGCAUUCUCCUCAGACUUACAAGAUUUGGUAAAAAAUUUGCUGCAGCUAGAUUUAAGUAGAAGAUAUGGUAAUUUAAGAAAUGGGGUUCAAGACAUUAAAACCCACAAAUGGUUCAGAGACACCGACUGGUUGGCAGUUUAUAAUUGUCAAAUUCAGCCACCGUUUGUACCACAAAUUAAAUCGAUAGGAGAUGUAGCUAACUUUGACGAAUCUACAGAAGAAAAUAAACUUAGAGUAAGUGAACAUAUGUGGUAUAAGGAUGAAUUUGAAAGUUUUUAA